AUGGAGAGCGCAGCGGAGGAGAAGGCGACGGCGCACGUGUUCUCGCGUCGUGACCUGGGCUGCGGCCUGCUGCUGGACUGGCUGGCCGAGCUGCAGCGCGAGACGCUCGGCAGACAGAUGCAGCUAAUGUUCGUGGCAGGCGGUGCUCCGUGGCGGCCGCUGCUGGUGACUCUACUGGCGCACCGCGCCUCGUGGAAGACGCUGCACUCCUGUCUCACCGCAUUACUUCAGCCUCAGGGCGGGUGGAGUGCGCGCGAAGCGCUGCAGCUGGCGGAGGCACUGGCGCGCAGCCCGCGCGUGCGGCAGGGCCGCGACCGCGCCACGCCCAAGCACCACGAGCCCGAGGACCUCCUGCGCCUCACGCACGAGCAGGUCAGUUGA